AUGCUCGUCCCCGCGGCGCAGGAAAUUGGCGCCUUCGAAUGUGACACCGGACAAGAGGCACAUGCCCUCAGGACUCAGGCCCCGGAGUGGAUCCGGGAGGCUGUGCCGGGGUAUGACAUGCAACAGUUGAAUGUGGAUCUUAUUCGGGAGGGUUGGAAUAGAAAGGAUGGUGUCUACGCUGCUACACUGGCAGCUGUCCGUGAGCGUGCAGCCGCACUUCGAAGCUGGCUGUUUCAACGCCCAGAGUCACAUAUUGCGCUCGUCACGCAUGGUGCCUUUCUGCACUAUUUGACUGAUGACUGGGCAACCUACGAUCGCCUGCGCGGGACGGGGUAUAAGAACUGUGAGUAUAGGCAGUUCGGGUUUACGCCUGAGUCGAAUUUGCAUGAAGCGCAUUUGAGGGAGGUUGGUGGUACCCGUGAGAGACAGCGCCGGCCUUCGAACAUCGAGGCCCAUGUUUUCCAACAGUGA